GGGUAGUGUUUCGCGUAGACAAUCACCGUCAACGGUAGCGGGAGUAACCACGGGGUAAUGUCGACGACACACGUGACACCGCUGAAUCUCCGUCAUCGCCGGCGAUCGCACGAAUCGAACGCGAACGGCGCGCGAGACGACAUCGGCCGCCUCGCGAUCGCGUUCUCCUCGCUUCUUCCCAUGAGUGUUGCACGCGCGAACGUGCGAGCGCGCUCUCCAGGCUCGCACCCGACAGCUUCGCGCGCGAGCCACGCUUUAUUAGUCUAGCGCGGGCCAUCGUGAACCCCUUUAGUUGCCUCGCUACGCUUCGCCUUGUCUCGCCUCGGCUGGCCUGGCCUCGUCUCUCCUCGUCUCGCCGCGUCUCGCCUCGCCACGCUUCUUCGCCAUUGGCCAUCGGCCAUCGGAUCAACGAGACCGACGAGGGACCGUAGAUGUGAGUGAGAGCUAAGCGUGAUAAUAGAAACCGACGUGCGAGGAGAAACAGCCGAGAUAAGGUUCGCGAAAGAGGAGAAACGGUCCAGGGAGCGCGAGGAAGAGAAUCAAAGGAGGGGCCAACGUGUCAAAGAGAGCGGAAGGUCGAUGCGCCGGAGGAACGCGAGAGAUCCUCCUUCGUAUCCUUUGGUGAUACGGUACAACCGGCACUCGUACCGGUACGUUUGCGACCGACGACAUCCGGAGAACGUUCUUUUCCCCGAUCAAAGUGCUUCCACCUCGACGAGAGCGAUACGUAGAUUUAACGCCGUGAGUUUGAAAAUUCUGCUCCGAGAUACGCCGAUUUCUGGAACUCGUCGACACGGAUUACCAUCGAGGAGGCCCCGAUUCGACGGCGAAUCUAUUUAUUCUCUCAACACUAGCGGUCGUCAAAGAUCGUGGAAGGAAAUCUGCGUACGCUGGAUGAAAAUACCUGUCGCGAUCGUCGAUUUGACCGUCGUCCAUUCAUCCCCCAACUUUCACCGCCCUGCACCGAACCGAUCGUUGAAAGACGGGAAUAAGCAGAGGAUCGGGACGGUCUCGGAUGGACGAUCCUAGGAGGGUGUCUUAGCGACGCCGUGACAUGUACGAACGUUUCCCAAGUCUCUCCUCGUCGUCGGCAAAGGCACCCGGGUCGACGAAAACGGCGCGCAGAAAACGGUGCGAGGAACGAUCGAGGCAGCUCACGUGGGUCGACACCCGGUCGACGACAACCGGCGGCAGCGGGACAGGUUGAAAAGAUGCUGGCACUCGCGAUGCGCCGCGAACACACGACCGGGCGCAGCAAUUACGAGCCCGCGAAUCCGCUCGCGGGAUUCGAACACCUGCAGCACAACAGUGGUGGCAAUUCGUUCGCGGUGGUGCCCACCACCGAGGGGCGAGUGCGCGACGCCGCUCGGCCCGAGGCCGAGGGUGAGUUGCAAGAGUUUGUGGACAUUGCGCAAGUGCAACAGCUACUGCAACAGCAACAGCAGCACCAACAGCACCAUCACCAUCAGCAUCACCAGCACCAAACGUCCGCGACGGCCGCGUCCUGCAUCUGGGGAGCGGUUUAUCCCCCGCCCCCGCCCGCCCUGGGAUAUCACCACCAUCAUCACCAUCAUCAUCAUCAUGCGCCGCCACCGCCGCCGUCAGGCGAGGACACGCAGUGCGGUACCGAGGAUUCUGCCAUCGCCCAGGAAGGCGAUCCGCUCCAGAGGAUGACGAUGGACGGCAUGGAGGUGGUGGGCUCGCAGCCGCACGCAGCCACCAGCCCGUUUCUGCUCUCCUCGCCGCCCCUUGGUCAUCAUCAUCAUCAUCAUCACCACGCGACCUUUAAUCUGCAGACGGUGCAGCUCAGCUUCGACGCGUGUUUACCGUACAACGCGGCCUCCUCGUCCAAUCCCUCCUCGGUCACCUGCGGCAUCAGCGGGACCCCCGUGACGUACACGAACUCGUCCACCAGCUGCAGCAAGACUAUACCGACGCUUUCCCUGUCCUCGUGCGUCCCGUUGCACGCGCAGCUUCAAAUCAGCCCGACCGACUCCGCGGAGCACAAUCACGAGCGGCACCAUCAUCAUCAGCAUCAUCAUCGAUUGGACGAUCAUCAGCAUCACUUGCAUGCCGAUGCAUCGCCGAUCGCUGUCGACGCGACGGAUGGCAAGAGGCAUCGGCAGACCGAUGACGAUGAUAAGGGGUGUAUCAGAAACUGCAGGAGCGAUAUUCACGAUUCGAACGAUAAGGAUAAGCCUGGUGAUUUAAACACCCCGGUCACCACUAGCAGCGACCUACCCUCCUUCUUCGGCCCUUCCGCCCUUGUCGAACCGCCACCGAUCUCAGGCAGUCUGGGCGAGGAUCUUUCCCUGGAAGAGGCGACCGCGGAGGAGGACGAAAGCGGCGCAUCCGGCAGAGAUCAUCGACACCAUCAUCAUCACCACCAGGAUACGCGAAAUACCGUUACGUCAAACGCGCCUUCCUCGAACAGUCCACCAUCGCGCCACCAUCAAGCCCAGGACGAGACGGAUCGUUGCAAUGUGUUGCAAGGUGGUGUAAUUUUGUAUUCCUCCCCGCAUUCCACAUCCACCGUCCCCGCGACGAGCGUAAAUAUCUGCAACGUGCCAACGUUGACCUAUCGCGGAGUCUUUACCACGACUUGCACGCAAUCCUCGCCUCUGAACAAUCUUCAAGGCGAGCAGCAGCAGCAGCAACAACAACAGCCAGCGAGCCAGGAGCUGUGGGCGCCGUUACCCUCGCCAACCUUAACCUUGACGGGUCAACCGUUCCUUCACCCCAACCUUCACUCGACCGCGUAUAGCGGCGAGACCGUCGAAUUGCUGCAGGUCGAAUCGAAGCCGCCACCCCCGCCGCCCGGUUACCAUGACACGCCAACUACCACUCCUGCGGGCUGGUUGACGGCCCACGAGGAGGCUUACGAUCCCAGUCUUCUCUCCCACCAUCACUCGCACACUCAUCAUCAGGAAGCAACGUUAAAGCAGGAGCCAACCGGUACAUCCGGUUACACUCCCAGCGUGCAACAGCCUCAACCAGCUCAGGCGCAAGCUCAACAACAGCAGCAGCAGCAGCAGCAGCAGCAGCAGCAGCAACAGCAACAGCAACAACAAGCUCGACCGCCCAAUACCGGCUCCUCAGGAGUCCAGCUAGCCGAGUAUAACCCGAGCACGUCGAAAGGCCACGAGAUCCUCUCUCAAGUAUAUCAGCAGAGUACGCUACCGCUUCAACUGGUCCCGGUGAAACCGCGAAAGUAUCCGAAUAGACCGAGCAAAACGCCGGUGCACGAGCGACCGUACGCCUGUCCGGUGGACGGUUGCGAUCGCAGAUUCUCCCGCAGCGACGAGCUCACCCGGCACAUUCGCAUUCACACGGGGCAGAAACCGUUCCAGUGUCGCAUCUGCAUGCGCUCCUUCUCUAGGAGCGAUCACUUAACCACCCAUGUGCGGACGCAUACCGGGGAGAAACCGUUCUGCUGCGAUCAGUGCGGCCGAAAGUUCGCCAGGAGCGACGAGAAGAAGCGCCACGCGAAGGUACAUCUUAAGCAGAGGCUGAAGCGGGAGGCGUCUCACGCUAAUCCGAGAAGCCACCCUCAAAGUCACGCGUCGUCACCCUGCAAUCAAUGAAUUCCACGAGUUACAACGAUGUUGAAAAAUCCUCUUUAACGUUCAGAGAUCUCAUUACGUUUGUGUCAUGUUCUGACAAAUUGUGAUCUAUGUCCCCCUCUAUCCUCCCGUCUUUCUCCUCCCUUUCCCCCUUCCGUCUCCUUCUCUCUUGGAUCGCUGCUCCCUUUCUCCCCUUCCCCGAUCCUUUCGUCUCUCGUGAUGACCGAUGAAGAAAACGCGGAGACCUUUAGACGGCCGAAACCGUCAUCGACUGAUCCGUCAUUUAUCGUCGGUUCAUCAAUUAAUUACGUUAUCUCGUAUGCAUGACUGGAUACGAAUUAAUUGCAUGCACGAAACGAAUUUGGAAAUUUCAGAUAUCGUAUCUACGUGAUUGUAAAGUAAACAAUUUGCUCAUUUUAAAAAUUGUCGUGAAUCAAAGAAUAAGAAUUAAGCGUUGCCAGAUAUAGUUGAUACUCGUGUUGUAAGAACUUUAUGUAUUUUGAGAUUUAUCGUUGACUGAGAAAAACGUAUGAGAAUAUAAUAGUUAUUCGCUGUACCGAAAAAAAAUCAUGUUUCUCGCGUCUCACCUAGCGAAAAAUUCAAGUACUUAAAGUAUAUUCGAGGCAUUUAUACAAUCAUCGGAAACAGACUUAUAUUUAACCGCAACUCAAUGGAAGUUAAUUAUCAAAAUGCGUAUAAUCCCAUUCUUCAAAUAUGAAAAAACGAUAAACACAUUAUUCUCUCUCCGCUUUACAUGUACUUGGUAUCUCUUAGCUUGUAUCCAGACACGAGUUAAAGCGCGAAAUGUCGCGAGAUAUUCACCAGCAGUCGCGUAUCUAGAUGUCAUUGAGCGUUGCGAGAGCAUUUUCGUGCAAUUGUAUAACAUAAAAUCGAUACCAUCCGCAGCUUCCGAGAAUCAUCGCGGAGCGAAGCGGAAGAUACGGAGAGAGGGAGAGAUUGAGAGAAAGGGGAGGGGGGAGAAGAGGAGAGAUGCGUCUCUCUCAUUGCAUACGAACGACUGUGUAUGAGAAUGUAAUGCUUCGUGAAACGAUAAAUAUUAUGUAUCGACUACACGGUUGAUACCAACUCUCGGGACUCUCGAUAUUUAAAACACACAUAUACGUAUAUAUAUAUAUAUAUAUAUAUCUUGCGUCCCUAUAAAACACACGCAAUUUAAAAGACUCGUGCGGUCCAAGCGCAAGUUUUCAAAUGAACGAUUCAUGUUUCAUGGAGCUGUAUUCUUAUUAGACAGAUCUAUCUAACGCAGAGGAGAUUGUUGACAAGGUUCGCAGCAACGGAAAUAGAGAUAUUUUUUUAAGUAUAUUUGUAUAUAACUAUAAUUCUCGCACACAUACAACCGAAUCACACACACGAGAAUAAUCAUCGAGAUAUAAAAGUAUUUAUUUUUGAAAACAAUUUUACAGCAUUGCGUUAUAGAAGAUGCAUAGGUGCUAAAACAAGUUCCUCCUCUCAUAAAUGCCGUUAGGAAACUUAUGUUAAUUGUUACAUUUUCGGUGCUACAUCGUUGCGUAUGUAUCUCUAUCGGAAGCCAAUAUUUCCGUAAAUUUCUCGAUAUAACUUGUUAUGGAGUUGGCACAUGUGAUGACGAAUUUUCAUCUUGCAGUGCUCGCUUUCCUUUCUCAUAUCUUAUACCUGCGUUGUGUCAUCGUAUUUUCUUCGUGCUCCGAACACGCUAAAUCUCGGCUGUCUCCGUCAAAUACUUCCAAUUCUCGGUCAUUCUUGCCUUUCCCUUUCCACAUUAUUGUAAAAAAAUCCAAUAAAAUUGUAAGAUUAGACGUGACUAUCGUUGUUGAAAGAAAUAUUUCAUGUACAUAUGUAUAUAAUUUAUUAUACAUAUAUAUAGAUAUAUAUAUAUAAAAUUGCUGUAUGUAUAUGUAAAAUCUAACGUCGUUCUCUUGCCAUCUUUCUUUUCUUCAUUUCGCAUUACUAUCUCAUACGUGUACACAUAUUUAGCAAUUGUUAAUGUUAUGUAUAUGUUGCUCUAUUUAUUAACAAAAUGACUAUAUUUCAAAUGAAUAUAUUGUUAAUGUUAAAUAAUUAUUUUUAUUAUUAAAAUAUUAUUAUAUUCAAUCGUGCAAUGCGUUACAAAAAUGACAGAAAACCGACGUGGUAUCCACAAAUUACACAAAUUAUACUAAAAAUUCGUAUGCGCACACACACGCGCGCACACACACAUACACACACACACAUACACACAUAUAUAUAUAUAUAUAUAUAUAUAUGGACACAUUGUAUAGGCGUAUGCGAACGCGAUGAUACGCACUACUCUUUGACAUAAAUUGUAAACGCAAAGUAACGCAAGCGCGUCCUCAAGCGAAUACUUUUUUUUUUACAGAUAAUAUUAUGAUAUCGCUAGAUAAAUUAUAUAUAAUUAUUAUACAUAUGACGCUCCGAGUGCAAUGCACGUAACAAAAGCUCCCAACUACCUGUAUAUUCGUGUUGUCAUCAUCGCUCCUGCAUAUGCUUCUCUUUGCGAAACGGGUAACGCGAACAAUCUCUUGCAACAAUUAUUAACAGAAAUACAAUUAACACUGACUCGAGAGUAAGUUGUUUGAUUAUUUUUCGUAACCUUUUCACAAGAGCUCAAUACAAACUGUUACAAAGGAGAUUUAAGAUUUAAAAAUUGGAGGGUGCUUUCUUUAAUCAAUUUGGAAUCAAUUUUUUUUAAGGAAAUUAAA